AUGGCUCCGUCAAUCCCUCCACUGUCGCCAACUUCCACUAUUGGCUCCACUAAGAAGAACAAUCUACUAAAUCGAUUCAUAAAACGAAAAGGUGGGGGAAGAAACAGUGUAAGUGGUGCUGACAAUGAUAGCAAUGCCAAGACGUCUCGAUCGGGGUCAAUAAGAUCAAACAACAAUACUUCAAGAAGCAGAUCAAAGGGUGAUAAGCUACAAAAGAUAUCUACUCGUGGUAGUAGUCGCAGCCGGAAAAGAGACUUAUCAGAGGGGAGAGAUUUUUAUGUGGAUAAUGACGAUGACUCCUAUUUAUAUAGAGAUGAAGACGACGACGGUAUGGAUGAAGAGGGCGAUACUAACACCUUGGGUUAUGAUUCAGACACUUCUCUGAAUGUAUCAUUAGGCAGAUCGCCUUCCAUCUUGAGCAAAGUUAAAUCCAAUCACAAGAGGUCAAGUACAAUAUUAAAUCACAAUGUUGACGACAAAGUUGCAUUCCCCAAUCUUGAUCAAAUUAUACACGAUUCUAAUCUUACAUUACUGAUAGCAAACGAAGAUGAUGCACCUUGGAAUGGGUUAACCUAUGAAUCAUUUUUAAUUCCCAAAUACGUUAGAACGUCACGUCAUACAAAACAAAGCCCUAAAAUUAUAAACAAUCUUUUCCUUGCUCAGGAACUAAAUGUUGAUAAUUAUAAAGCCAACAAUUCAAGCUUAAAAUCAAACGAAAGUAGUGAUGCAGAACAAGAUCACACCUAUCUGAAUCCAGUUCUGGAAGACGAAGAUGCUGCUCCUAAUUUUGAAAGCAGUAAUGGUAUUGGCAAAGAAAUAUUUGUCAUGAAGUUUAGUCGAGAUGGGAAAUACCUUGCUGCGGCGGGGAGAGAUUCAGUAAUACGGGUGUGGAAAGUUAUUUCAUCACCAUUGGGAAGACUAGAAUUCAACCAAAGUGAACGUAACACUACCCCUAUUCGAAGUAAUAAACGAGAUGCCGUAUUCGAUUCAGCACCUGUUUUCCAUAAAACACCAAUCGAACUAAGAGGACAUACCAGUGGCAUUAUAUCACUUGCAUGGAGUAAAAAUAAUUUCUUAAUAAGUGGAAGUAUGGAUAAAACUGCCAAGUUGUGGCACGUUGAUCGACCCAAUUGCUUGCAAACGUUUCAGCAUCAAGAUUUUGUCACUACAGUUGAAUUUCACCCCUUAGAUGAUCGGUUUUUCUUGAGUGGCUCAUUAGACAAUGAAGUCCGAUUAUGGUCAAUCUUGGAAAAAUCAGUAUCGUAUUGGCGUAACUUGGGUGAAGAAGUAUUGGUGACAGCCUUGGCAUUUACUCCUGAUGGAGUAAGCUGUGUCGUGGGAGGUUUCAAUGGAUCGAUAUUCUUUUUAGAAACUAAAGGGUUGCAUAUACUUCAUCGAGCUGAAAUUAAAGAACGGUCAAUUGUCAAUGCAUUUCACGACAAGAGUGGUAAUAAAGUAACUGGUAUUGAGGUUUUCCUCAAUCCAACUUACGAUGCAACAUAUAGUCCCGCAGACAUAUCGAUGGACAAAUGGACUGUGUUGAUCACGACUAAUGACUCGCGGAUUAGAAUGGUUAGCACAUUGAAAAAGAAAUUAAUAACACGCUUCAAAGGGUUAACCAAUAGUUCAUCAUCAAUUGCUGCGUCGGUAAAUGAAAACCACAAAUUUAUAAUAUCCGGUUCAGAAGAUCACUUUUGUUAUGUUUGGGAAAAUAAUAAUCGAAUUAUAAAUAACAAGAUUAGACAAUCAUUAAAAGAGUUUGUCAUUGAUGGUAAAGAGCACAUGAAUCAAUUUCAUCAUAAACAUGAGAAAUAUACCAAAUUGUUUCAUUCGAAUAAACUAAUUGGCAAGUUGCUUGAUAACGGUGAUGAUGAGAGCUUACGUUAUGAUUUCGUGGCUAAUGAAAACAAUAGUUAUGCUUCUUUUCACGCUCAUCAUUCUCGAUGUAAUGUGGCUAUUUUUGCGCCUGAGUCAACAAAGACGUUGUUGAGUCUAUCUGAUGAUUUGAUAUUUGAUUUGAAGAAACGAGGUGAAGCAUGCAAGAUGGAUCCGAGUAUAUGUGCAUCAGUGCCUGGAUGUGCAGACCAUUCCAGCAAAGAAGGUGCUAGGUUUGAUGAAGGCCCCGGGGAAGGAGACAUAAUUGUCACUACUGAUCAAUAUGGAUUAAUUCGAGUAUUUCGUCAAGACAUUGCCAGCUCCUAUCGAAGACAAUUUAUCGAUUUAUACAAGAAAUGCCAAGCACAAAAUAAAUCAUCAGCUAUGCUUUCACCAGAAAGUAAUUCGAUUAAAUCAGGUGGAGGCAGUAUCAGUUAUGGCAGCGGCGUUGGAGGUAAUGGCAGUAUUGGCCAUAAUUUCAGGCCAUCAAGAAAACUCCUGGGUGGUGAACGUCAUAGUAUUUCGCGUAACUUGGAAUCAUCACGAUCAAUUGGAUCAAUCCUUUCAUCUAAACGCGGGCUGAGUUCAACUGAUGUAAGUAAUCCAUCAUUUUCAACUAAUGAUCAGUAUCGACCAGCCCCAAUUCCUACACCCGAUUCAUAUGCAUCAACUACUACAUCACUGAGUAACUACACUUAUCAACAGAGACAUCUUCCUUCAUCACAUCAAAAUAAUGGUAUGUUUCAUCAACCUGAUAUACAUAUCCAUUCUGACGAAGAUGAUGAUAAAUUAGGAGAAGAUGGCGAUGAAUUCGAUCCUUUAGAAAGUGAUGCAACGAGCACUACUGAAACUGAUCAUGUGAUCCCAUCAUCAAUAUAUGCAAGGAGAAAGCAACAACAUAGUUCAUCGUCGUUGGCUACAUUGGAGCACAAGAACGGUAGCACCGAAGCUCACUAUCAGGAGAUGUUCCCCAGUUUGAAGAAGACUGUUAACCAGAGUCACAAUGCUAGAGUCCCAGCUCCACCGGUGACUCCUCCAGCAGGAAAUCAGAUGCAUCAUGUUGCACACUAUCCUCACCCACAACCACAGAACCCUGGUUAUAGUAUGCAAUUUGGUACCAAUAACGUCAUCCCAAGAGGGCCAAUCACUGCAUCGUCAGCACAAGCAGCCGCUACAGCAGCAACAUCCUCUACGCUGACACCAAUACCAACAUCAAUACAAUCAUCGGAUACGUACCCAGUUUACCCACAACCUGUCUCUAUGCGCACUGCUUCAACUAAAGUACCCCAAAUCGUCGAACCUGAACGGUCACCAUCACCAUCACCAUCACCAUCACCAUUACCAUUACCACCCGGCCAACAAAACCAGCAACAUCAACAUCAACUUCAUCAUCAACUUCAGCCGGACUUGCACUCACAGAUUAGUAGUGAAUCGAUUCGUUCAUGA